AUGAAACAGCUGAGGACCGAAUAUGGCCGUCUCUGCUGCUUCCGCUCGAGUUCCUCCCUUCCCUCUCAAGGGCAAGCUGUCCUGACCGAAUUGCACUCCCUGUUUCACGGACCGAGCCUCCGCCCUAGAUUGCCAGCCUUGUACGGACGAGGACCACCGGAUUUGAACAGCCUUGCGAAGGGACUCGCCCUGCCUUGGACCCUCACCAAUCUUGGCCUUGACUUGUCAACUGAUAGUGGAGCCUCGUGCGUUUUUGCACCUUCACGCCCCAUCAUGCACGCCUCGCUGUCGACAUGGCUGGCGGUCUCAGCAGCCGUGUGGCCCACAGUCACAGCCUUCUAUCCCUACCGGUACGAUGACGGUAGCAAACCGACCGCUUCAAGUCGGCGAAGCACUCGACUCCCAAGGCCAGAUUCGAGGUCCGUCACACUGCCACUACGCCGCGUACCGGCCUCUCUCCGAACCCGCCAGAACGCGUACAACAUCGUCAACUCGAAAGACCCUACGCAAAAGAACAGCGUAGCGAUCGACCAAGACGGGAGCGACCUGAGCUACAUGGUUGCCGUGACGAUUGGAGACAGCAAAGAGGAAUACCAUCUGCUCCUGGAUUCAGCUGCGAGCAACACCUGGGUCAUGGGGCAAGACUGCAAGAGCGAUGCUUGUGGGAUACAUACCACCUUUGGCCACGGAGAUUCAAGCUCUCUCCAAACGCAAGACACGCCUUUCAGCGUCACCUACGGCACGGGCUCUGUCAGUGGUACCCUCGCGACCGACACACUGCACAUUGGCGUCUCUCUCUCUCCCUCCGUGACCUUUGGCCUCGCAACCAACGUCUCGUCAGAAUUCAAGGCCUACCCCAUGGACGGCAUCCUCGGCAUCGGCCGCGGCGCGAAUGUCAAGGGAGCAGUAGACGCGCCUCAGAUCAUGGAUGCCCUGAAGACCGAGAACCUAAUCGGCUCAAAGCUCUAUGGCAUCCACCUCAGUCGCUCCUCGGAUGGCUUGAACGACGGCGAGCUAGACCUCGGUGACGUCAACAAAGCCCGUUUCUCCGGCGACCUGAACUGGCUAGACUGCGAGCCCAACGACACAGGUUUCUGGGAGGUUGCCAUCUCGGACGCCUCUGUGAACGGCAAGACACUCGGUCUGCAAGGGAAGAAGGGCAUCAUGGACACGGGCACGUCUUACAUCCUGAUGCCGCCCGCCGACGCACUAGCCAUCCACUCCCAGAUCCCCAACUUCGCACAGAGCGGCGAGACGUUCAGCGUGCCAUGCGACACCAAAACCCCACUACAAUUCAUCUUCGGAAAAACAGGCUACAACAUCUCCACCACAGACUGGCUAGGCGGCAAGCUCGACUCGGGACUAUGCCGGAGCAACAUGGUAGGCCGGCAGACGUUCAACGAGAGCCAGUGGCUCAUCGGCGACGUAUUCCUCAAGAACGUGUACUCUGUCUUCGACUUUGACGGGAAUCGAGUCGGGCUCGGCACACCCGGUACCGGAGAUGAUCAGCAGAGCUCCAGCUCUGCGGCUUCGUCGUCUCCCUCGUCUCCCUCGGCCACGGGCGCCUCGCAAUCCAGCGCAGCGCCAGCCGCGACGCAGACAGUCGCCGUCGAGGGCAGUCCAGACCCGAGUUCGACUCCUGUUGCCGAGAGCCAGGGACAGAGCGCGCAGCAGGGCGGGGCUGCUGGGGCGGUAAAAGCGCCUCUGAUGCUGUUCACGUGCGCUCUGUCGCUCGCUGUAUUCGUAUAA